AUGAUCGAUAAGCUGCAUGAGGACUGCCUCAUACCCAUUUUCCAGAAGCUCGACUUCAUUGAUCGUGUACGGCUGGAGGCCGUCUGUUAUAAGUGGUUUCGAGUGCUGCAGGUCAAAUUUAAUCAUCAAACAAAUGAUGAUGAGAACGUUCCGCAAUUCGCGGAAUCCAGAAAUCAGAUGCAGGCAAGCUAUGCAAAUGUAACACGAGUUAACGUGGCAGACUUCCUCGAGAAUGAUUCGAGCAAUUAUUUCCAGCAGGAAUUUCUCUCAUUUGCGCCAACAGUGAUCGGAGUUGUGAAACGCUGCGGACGCUAUGUACGAUCAAUCAGUUUUGGACAAAGAUGGUUCAAAAUUUCACAGGCCAUUAUUGACGCCAUUGCUGAACACUGCACUCGUUUAACGGAACUUGAUCUUGGUUGUGUGAUUCUGGAUGCCGAUAUAUCUGUGCUUCUAGAACGGAUCGGCGAAAACCUAGAAUCAUUUUCACUGGAAGAAACUAGCUGGGUGAACAACGAAGACGGUGAUAAGGUACAAAAUUUUUUCCAGCAAAUGAAAAAACUGAAAAGGAUCAAUUUAAGACGGGCUUUGUUCAAACUCGACAAGCUCUACGAACUUCCGCCUUGUCUUGAAAGCAUCGAAAUCAGUGGGGCACGCUCGCUUCCAGCAGAAAUCUUCAAUGCAUUUCUUGUGUUGCAUCCAAAUUUAACGGAGCUUGAAAUCAGCCCACUGCCUGUGGCAGACGAUAUGACCAUAUCAUAUAUCAGCGACCUACGAACACUGCGGAAUCUUCAACUGGGGUAUAUUCAGAAGGAAGCCCGCGAUUUUCCAAUGGAGCCGAUCGCCUUUUGCAAUAAUUUACAGUGCCUACACAUUCUGGCAAGCAUUUUUCGAUAUUUCUCCUAUAAUAAAAAGACUAGUCAGAAACGUCAAGCUCACGAGUUCCAGAACUGCAAUGCUUUAACGGGUCAAAGUUUACGACUAAUUCUGGAAAGCCUCGUGAACCUACGCUCUCUGGCCAUUAUUGGUUGUUCGAAUGUGUUCGAUUAUUCGCCGCUGUCGCAGUGCCGUCAGCUGGAAUCCCUAAACAUCGGGCAUUCACUACACAUCUCAGAUGAAGAGCUAAUUCCACUGGCUGCUCACAAGAAGCUUCGCUCACUGACAAUCACCAAGUGCUUCAAUAUCUCUAACAAUUCGAUACUUACAAUUCUUCACAACUGCAUCCUUAAUGAUAUCUCGCUAGUGAACUGCGAGGGAAUUACGGAUGAAGUACUGUAUUCGUUGGCUUCGAAUCAGCACGAAAUCGAAACAAUUUCAGUACAAGGCUGUAUAUGCAUAACCAGCAAAGGAGUUGCGGCUCUGGCACUUAUGAAAAAUAUCACAAAAUUACGAGAACUGGACAUCAGUCACAACAGAAACAUUGACGACAUGGCCAUUCUGUCAAUUCACAAUGGAAUUAAACUGGAAAGAAGAAAAGAAGCAGGAAGUCCAAGCACCACAUACAAAGAAAAUCAGCAACCCGACGAUGUUUCUACCAGUUCCGUAAGUUGCUCACUUUCUGAUUCUCCUCCUAAAAUAGGACUUCUCUCAGUAAGCAUCCUUCUUCAAACCCGCUGA